AUGAAGACAUCAUGGACUGCGCUUAUUGCGGCCUUGGUGGUGGUCGCCACUGCGCUGACGCACCCCGUGAAUGCUUCGUGCAAGUCAGCGUGCCAGUCGCAGCUCGUGCACUACCGUGAGGAGGCGUGCCAGAAGUGGCGCGAGGUGCUUCCGCGCCCGGACCUGUUCAACCACUGUGGCCAGGGCUUUAACCAGGGCAAGACGUCUGGAUGCGAGGGCUACUGCCAGGAGACACCGGACCUCGGAGCAAUGAAGUCGAAGCGGCUGGACGCGUGCAGCUCACUGAAGGGCGUCCCGCCCAGUGAGCGCCAACAGGCGUGCCAGGCAGGAUUCUCAGCAGCCCUGGACCUCGCAAAAGACGCAGCAGUCCCGGACAAGGAGGAAUCGGCGACAGCUUCGAGUGCGAAAGGCAGUCAGACCACAGACACUGCAGCCGGCGUUCCCGAGAAGAAGGUCAAGGUUAAGAAGGUUAUCGAGCCGGAAUCUCGCAGGAACUUGCUGGAAGACGCGCGCAAGGAGGCGGAGGCUGCGUUCACGAACCCGGAGGGCACCAAGUCGGAGCUGUAAGUGUCGAUCUCAAGCAUCAAUACGCUUAGUUUCCAGUACUAGCAGUGCAAGUCGUCCUGGCGACAGACAGGUAGGAACUCGCAAGCUGUGGUUUGUCGGUUCUUCACGCUUUCAUAACACUACGAACAAGCAGUAGCAACACUCUCUCCAC